ACAGAUGCGGAUUUUUCGACGUGAGCCUCCAGCCGCGACAUCAGCUGCUGCGGAUGUCGAGGCUGGCUGCUCUACUUGCUUUGCAGGUGCCGGUGGAAAGCCAAGUCGCUGAUGGGUCGGCAGCUCAGCCAUGCCGCCGAAUAGGUGGCUGAUGAUAGGACUUCGUGUCACAUGAACCCUGCAAGUCAAUGGCGGUGCCCCACUUCCAACGAGUCAGCUGAAACCAAGCCAUGGGGGUGGAUGAGUCUAGUCUACCUGAUGUGUCCCCCGCUGAAGUGAUUCAUGCAAGUCUCACAUGUACUGGGUUCACUACUCGUAAUGUAGAGCAAUCACUUUUCAGCGUGGGCUUCAAGCUUUACCUGAGCCCCCAGCAGAUCUUGAAUUCACGCCCAGUGCCCUCAAUGCCCACAGUGUCGCAUGUGGACCAGUUCAGAAAUGCUUCCUCUGUCAGAUCUCCGGCGAUUAUUUUCGCUGGAACCUAAGAUUCCUCCAGAUUCCUCCUUGUCAGGCGUUCUCUUGGAAGUUGCUCAGGGCCUGUCGCCCUGGAGCAGCUCAUGUAUUGAGCUGCAAGUGCUGCGAAGCAUGUCCUGCAGUCGACUCGAGCUCUACGCCUAUCACCGCAAUGCAGCCGCUGCAUCCUGCGUGCGUCAACGGCGCUGGCGCAGUGCGUUGCUGCUGCUGGGCACGAACAUUCCACGCCGUAACACGAGCGCUGCAGUGAAUGCCUUGAAAAAGGCGGGCCAUUGGGCGCUGGCAGUGGCUCUGCUGGAGUCACUCGCUCAACAACGAACUAGACCCGAUGUGAGCGGGCACAAUGCCCUGGCAAGUGCCCUGGAACUCAGCUCUUGGAAUCAGAUCCUCUCGAUCGUCCAUUUUGCCGCCCUUCUGGACGAGGAUAUGACUUCUCAUUCGUUGCUGCGAGUCUCUGACUGGGCUUUGGCCGUGGCUUUUUGGAGGACCUUGCAAUUGAACGGGCACAACCCGGACACCAUUGGCACCAAUGCUCUGAUGGCGCCAAUCGCCCAAGCCGGUCAGUGGCAGCGUGCGGCCAGUGGCUUGCAGGAGCUCUUUCGCACCCAUCUUCGCAGGGAUGGUGCUACUUAUGCGACUGCCAUGGACUCCUGCCAAAGAGGCAGUUGGACAAAGGCACUCGACUUCUUGUUGCAGAUGCGGUUUCAAGCUCUGUGUCCGUGUCGCAUACAAUACACGGCCGUUUGCGAUGCCUGCGCGGCUGCUGAAAGCUGGGAGAGGGCGUUGCAUGUGUUCGACAUCGCUAAGAUGAUGGAUGCAUGGGAUGCCCUUCUUGGAACAUCAAGCUUGGCGGCCAUGUCACGGAGCAACCAGUGGACCUCAGCAAUGUAUGCUUUUGCUGCACUGCCGGAAGUGUCCCUUGAGCCGAACACCAUCACUAGCACGACAGUGCUGACUGCCUGUGAGCGUGGACGGAACUGGCAGAUGGGGUUGAUGGCAUUUAGUUGCAUGCUGGAGGAACGCUUGGUCAACCACAUGUCUUUCAGCACUGUCAUGCAAGCUUGUGACAAGAGUGGUGAGUGGCAGCUUCUCUUUCACCUAUUGGGGAGCAUGACUAGUGUUCAGCUUCAGCCAACCAGCAUGGUUUAUACCGCUGUGCGGAACAGUAAAGCUGUUCCGGCUCUUGCCCUUGCUGACAUUGUUACUGCAGCCUUGCAGCCAAGAACAAACAAGUUGAUCCAGUGCCGUUUCAAUCUCGUGGAUGUGCAACGCAAAUUUCUGCUGAUCAUUCUUUUGAGCAGCAUAGACUUAAACAGGCUCAAACACAGGACAUGGCUAAGAGAAGAGACACUGGAACAGCUUUUGAAGCCUGCAGCCAUUUCACAUCCAAAGUUCUGCAGACACAAAGUUGUUUCAACUGAUCAGAUCUCUUUACACAAGCCGAGUUACUCCAUCAUUGAGCUUGGUGCCACCGCCAUGGCUGAUUCUGACAUCCAACUGGCCAAAGUUGUGGAACUUUUCACCAAGCAUUCAACCAAAGAUGGUCACAGGGCUUAA